AUGGCUGUGUUUCCUUUGAAACGACAUAAGGAUGACCAACCGAUCGAGGACGAAGCUGAAACCGGGGCAGAUAUUUCAAUCCCCAAAAAUACAAACGUUGCAGAAAUCUCCAUAGAUGAGGAGAACCUUAAGUUGCAAGGGGAAACCGCUGCUAUCGAACAAGAAACCCAAGAGAACCCAGAAAUCGCCGCAUUGCCUUUGUCAGUUCGCCAGCUGAUCAAUUUGGAGGAUGAUCCUAGUCUGCCCACCAUUACCUUCCGCUACUUUGUACUUUCGGUCGUCUUUGUGAUCCCCGGAGCGUUCUUGUCCCAAAUGAGCUACUUCCGCACGACCAAAGCCCCAUACUCCGUCUUCUUCGUUCAAAUUGCCUGUCACUAUGCCGGUCACUUCCUUGCUAGGGUUCUCCCGACUUGGAAUAUUGGUAUACCCGGUACUCGCUUCUCUUUUAAUUUGAACCCAGCUCCGUGGAGUAUCAAAGAGCAUGUGUUGGUCACACUGACAGCUGCAUCGGGUGCUACGUAUAAUCUCGGAUAUGUUCCAAUCGUGCUCGCAGAGCUGUGGUAUGGAGAACGGAUCAAUCCAGCCGUUGCAAUCUUCUUCAUGCUUGCUAUCGUCUGGAUUGGAUACUCGUUUGCUGCCCUUGCACGACAAAUCCUCCUCCCCGACCCGGAAUAUAUUUGGCCCAAGGCCCUGAUGCAGACGACCUUGUUUGAAACAUUCCGUAAGCAAGACAACUCGUCGGCUCUUGCUCGCCGUCAGAUGAAAGUGUUCUUCUUUGCGCUUCUGGGCAUGACUUCAUGGCAGUUCCUCCCUGAAUACGUCUUCCCAUUCACGUCCUCCCUCGCCUUCCUCUGUUGGGUAGCACCUCACAACUCAGUGGCCAAUUUCGUCGGCUCAGGAAUUGGCGGCAUGGGUUUCCUCAAUCUCUCCCUGGAUUGGUCUAACGUCAAUUGGAACGGAUCCUCCAUAAUGCUCACUCCCUUCUGGACACAGGUCAUCCUGUUUUUGGCCUUCGCUUUCAACUGUUGGGUGCUACUUCCUGCAGCGAAGUGGGGAAACCUAGGUUCCUAUAAACACGGCCUUAUGUCGAACAGCCUCAUGCAGGCCAAUGGUACCACUUACCCAACCCUGGACGUGCUCACCUCUGAUUAUCACCUCAACGAGACUGUAUAUCAAGAGUAUGGGCCGAUGUACAUGGGCCUGCAGAAUGUGUGGGCGACUUUCUUUGACUAUGCCAAACUCCCAGCAGCAGUCACCUGGAUUUUGACAUUUGGGUUUGUUCAGGUUUCUGGCAAUCUCCGAAAGAUUUUCGGAUCACACAAGUCCGAGAACUCGGAAAAGUCGAUGAACGAAGGCAUCCACUAUCAAUACCAUGAUCGCCUCAACGUUAUCCAGAGGAAGUACAAAGAGAUCCCGUGGUGGUGGUAUGGUGCCUUGUUCUUGGUUUCCUUUAUUACUCUGAUUACCAGCAUCGUGUGUGGAUACCUCUUCAUUCCCAUCUGGACUUUAUUUGUGGCACUUUCGAGCGCUGCCGUCUUGGUGGUUCCAUUCGCCUGGCUGUAUGCUAUAUCCAACUACCAGCUCGAGACCGGUUCCUUCAACGAACUGAUGUACGGAUAUAUGGUCCACACAAAAGCAGGCGAUGCCCAUCACCAUCCGUGCGGCCCUUCUGUCUACGGCUCCAUUGCGGGUGACGCCUGGUACCGAGCGCAAUAUAUGCUUCAGGACCAAAAGAUUGGUCACUAUAUGCAUAUCCCACCCCGCACAGUGUUUUUCUCUCAAAUCUUUGGAACCUGCAUGGGUGUUCCAAUUAACUACCUUGUCAUCCGCUGGAUUAUGGAUACCAAGGGCGACUAUCUGACUGGCAAGAAAGCUGACCCGCUGAAUCAGUGGACAGGCCAAUCCCUGCGGAGCUCGAACACAAUGGGAGUUCAAUAUGCUGUACUUGGUCCGAAGAGACUCUUUGGCGAGUCGGAAAUGGCCGCACUCCCUUGGUCAUUCCUCGUUGGAGCUGUGAUCCCCCCGAUUCUUUACUGUUUCCAUCGAUUCUUCCCACGUCUGCGCAUUGACUUGUGGAACGUGAGCAUUUUCUUCGGAGGUCUGGCUAUGUUCUAUGGAAAUAUCAGUACUGGGUAUACGUCUGCCAUCAUCGGUGGCUAUAUUGUGAUGUAUCGCGCCUACCGCCAUCACUUUGAGGUCUGGAAGCGCUAUAAUUACCUAAUUGCUGCUGCCUUUGAUGCUGGGUUCAACCUCAAUAUGUUGCUCAUUUUCUUCUUCUUUGGAGCAGGCAAGCAAAUCUCUAUGCCAAACUGGUGGGGGAACAAUGGCGACUCAGUAGAGCGUUGCUUUGCUCUAGAUAGCUGA